CAUGCAUACAGCGGGUGUCCUAUAGGCUAACAUUUCUUUUACAGUUUAAUUGCAUCAUAAAGGUGACAGUUCAUAAAAGUUCUGCAAUAGCCAUAACAAGCCGUAUAACGUCUGCAGCUUUCAGCCUCUCCUGGAGCGCAGAGCUUACCGCUGCCAAUGCCCAACGAGUACCACUGAGGGAGAGGAGAACAGACUGGAGGGAAAAGCAUUUUGCUUCGAACGAAAGGAAAAUUACCAGCCGGACGCACCGAGUGACAACCUCAACUGCUUCGGUAUAGUAAAUCCCCAACGCCGCAGCGAGAAUGGAGCUGCCCGCCGCAGGAGAACACGUCUUUGCGGUGGAGAGCAUCGAAAAGAAGCGGAUCAGAAAGGGUCGAAUACAAUACCUGGUCAAGUGGAGAGGGUGGUCUCCUAAAUACAACACGUGGGAGCCAGAAGAAAACAUCCUGGACCCGCGACUUCUCGUGGCUUUCCAAAACCGGGAAAGGCAGGAGCAGUUGUUGGGGUAUCGCAAAAGGGGACCCAAACCUAAACACCUUUUACUCCAGGUUCCCUCUUUCGCACGGAGAUCCAGCAUCCUCUCUGGGUUUCAGGAGACGUGCCUGGAUGAGGACAGUCAGCCGAAAUCUGGUCCGGUACAGCUGCACCGACCCCAGAUGCAGCAGUACCAGCUGAACAGCAAGAAACACCACCAGUAUCAGCCCAACUACAAGGAGUGCCAGGUGGAGCAGCAGGCAAACGGAAAGAAAAAAUACUACUAUCAACUCAACAGCAAAAAGCAUCACCACUACCAGCCAGACCCCAAGAUGUAUGACAUUCAGUACCAGAGGGCCAAAGGGCUGGAGCCCGCCAAUCAGGGAUGGAAUCUGGCCUCGGCCCUGCAGCAGAAGUGGGUCCGUGACAAAGACUCAGGCUGCUUAAGGAAAGUGAAAGAUCUCCCAAUUGGGUUGAAAAAGCUGCCAACCCACCUGGGUGCCAGUGAGCCACCUCUCAACCCGAACGCCAAGGAAGCUGUCCUUCCCAACGGGGUUGGCAGCAAGAUGAAAAUUGUGAAAAACAAAAACAAAAACGGAAGGAUUGUGAUUGUCAUGAGCAAGUACAUGGAGAACGGAACGCAGGCAGCAAAGAUCAAGAAUGGGGACCCCGAGAGGAUGGAGAAACCACGGCAACCGAGCCCAUUGGGAGGCAACGGUACAGAGGCACUAUUGGACAAAAAUAAGUUUGUCAAAAGACAGGCCCAGGACAAGGAACCUAUGGAAACUGAUGUGGAUAACUUGGAGGUUCCUGCUUCAGGAGUAAAUAACGGUCAGUUGCCUAAGGAAAAAGAGAGAAACUCUCCCGGGAUAGAGACCGUGGCCGAACAAAGCCAAGGAGAAGAAGCGUGUCUGGAGGAGCUGUCUGAUGAUCAGCCCCUGCAGCUGACCACCAAACCCAACCUGACUCCCUUUGAGCCGGGGGUCAUGCCCAGGCUGGACCAGAGGGGGAACCAGUUGGCCCUGAAUGGGGCCCCUGCCAUCAAGCGUCACCUCUCUGCACCCGAAGGGAACCGGAGUGGCUGCAAGAAGUUCCUGAGCUCCAGAAGCAUCAGCGCCCCCAGCAUGCCCUCCACACCCCAGACCGACGCCGCAGCCCUCAGUCCACACAGCCACCUCGACAAUGGGCUGCAUUAUGAUUUUCUGGACUCAAAUCCAGAAGAGCCUAUUGACCUCAGCUGUGUGAAGUCCAGGGUCAAGAUGAACUCGCAGACAAAGCCCACAGAUCCAGCAGAGCAGGAAAAGUCACUGGCAGCAUCUGAACAAACAGAGGAACCUCAUCCCUGUUUUAAGCCAUUCCUGGGGAACAUUAUCAUUACGGACGUUACGACCAACUGUCUCACUGUGACAUUUAAGGAGUAUGUCACCGUUUAACAAGCUUAUUUCAGGGGAACAGAAUACUACUGACUCGCAUGAAUUUGUACAAAACAUUGAAUUCAUCACAAAUGGUGUGAGGGUUAAGCUUUACACUUGAGCCCGUUGACUACAGUGUCAGAUUCUGAGGAGUAUCCACAUGGUUUUAUAAAUGAAUUUCUAUCCACCAGUGUAAAAAUAUUGAAAUGAGACCCUUCAUGCAACACACCAUAAUUGCCUGGGACUGGCUAUUGUGUGUCUGGAAGACUAGACUGAACUAUGAUAGUUGACCAGUUAGGCUUACAUAUUCCUAAUGCUUAAUGGUAUCUGUUUCUAAUCGGUUGCCAUGAUGCUUGGAGGGAGGUUUGGAGUGUUGCUGAUAUUACAGCUCAGACUAAAUAGCUGACUGGUGUAUAUACCUUUUCUGUACUUUGGAAUUAUUGGAAUUUUUAUAUGAUUUCCAUUUGGCUUUAACAAUCUUUUACUUCAUAAUUAAUGUCAAGAAUUGAGUCAGAUCAAAUGCAGUGUAGGUUACGCAUAUUGUAUUGUGUAUCAUUUGUAUCAUUUCAUCUUCUGUAAAUGGGAAGGCAAGAUUAGAUUCUGAUAUAAAUUGAUCAAAUGUAUAAACCCCAUAAAUGAAGGUGUUGGGGGAGGGGGAGGGGGAGUUAUUGGGGUGUUGAUGUGAAGACGAGAGAAAUCCCUCAAGGAUGAUGUCUUAAAGGUUUUGGUGAUAGUCCAUCUUUACAGUGAAGGACGGUUUGAGGGACCUGCCCUGGUCAGACCCCUUAACUUUCCUGAGUGAUUCCUGAGUGGUAUUUUACACUAGGGAGAGACAGUUCCUCGGAAUGGAAAAUUACACAUUGUAACUAUUAUAGGAGUGAUGACAAAGCUAUACCUGGUUAUUCAACAGAUAUUUUUAUUUUAAAUGAAAAAUUAUAUAAAGGCAUAUGUAGGUUGCUUAAUAUUUUUUAGGCUAACGCAAUCUGUGAACUAACGUAUUUAAUUGAGAACAAUAGCUAAUGUAAGGAGUCCUGCUAAAAUGCAGGUGUGAAUUUUCUUUAAGCUGUUUUAUCAAAACUGCUUGAAUGUAACAUGGGGUACUCAAUUAGAGCUCAACAGGUUGCCUUUAACUUUAAAAUAUAAGGCACUUUUAAUAUUUUAUCUUUACACAAUAUUUGUUUAAGCCUGGAAGUUAAAUGUUUGAGGCAAGAACUAUCACAUUCACUGAAGCUAAGACCAAGGCAUUUGUGCUUUGGUUUAAUUGCUGACAGGACUUACAUCGUUUAAAAUGUGGUCAGUUCAUUCAUCAAAACCCUUGAAAAUUGACAUGGCAUUCAUGAUAUGCAAGGACUUCAAUAUAUAUUUUUUAAUCUGUUCACAUUUAAAUAAAAUUAAAAAAAUUCUGCAUUUCAUGGUUCAAUUUUUUCAAUAUACAUUUCACAAUUUAACUCUUAUAUGUCCUUAAGGCAUCCAGUAAACACAUGGCAGUACUUGAGUCUGGUGAGAAGAAACGGUUCUUUGGCUUCUCUCCAUUGGGGAACCUUUAGUUCUUUAUGGAACCCUCUAUGGUAUGUGCGAACAUUAUGAAUGCUCAGAGAUUCUGGGAGAUGUCUGACAAAGAACCCUGAAAAUAGAUAGGGUUCCCUAUGGAGACCCAGAGGAACUGUUUGGAACCCUGCUGAGAGUGUUGUUUUGUUUCUGGUCUGCAAGAAUCAGACCUUUCCCUGAUCCAUGUUCUAACAUUAUUAUUUUUGUUGUAUGUUCGUUUAUUUUGUUGUUGGUAUUUGUUUAUUUCCCCUUUCAACAUUUGGCUGUUCGAAAGCAAGCAGUGUAACUCUUUAAAAUGGGAGAAAUUAGCACUUUGCUGUUUUGUUAACUGGAUGGCUCUAAAGGUAUGUUUUGCAAUAAUAAAAAGAUGAGCAACAAAA